AUGUGGAAAUUAGUUCAAUCGGGGCUUUCGGUAGUUGCAGGAACCGCAGAGCCAGAGUAUGGUCCAGAAUCGAUCCAUCCAGUGUGCUCGGAUUUGGCCCAAGGCGAGCCUCUUUACUCUCCUUUGACUUUGGAGGACAUGCAAUACAAGGUCCCAAGUCAAACCUGUGUGGAAACUCAAACUUUCUACUUUAUGGACGACGUCUUUUAUGGUUUUGCUCAGGUGAUACACUCCAACCUUGUUGGAUUGCACACCACUGCCCAGUUCACUUUCAAAAUAUUCAAGAAAUCAAAGCCAGAAGAUUACGUGUGGACCUCCACCAAGCUGGAGAACUUCAGAAUUGACGGAGCUAACUUCUACGCUGACAAUCUGUCGAUCAAACUGGACGAUGCCCAAAAGGUCUACAAGAUCAAGUCUUCGGUCACCCCGCAGAGUGUUGUUGAUUUAACAAUGGAGCUUGUUGGCGAAGGCAUCAAGUUCGGCAAAGACGGCACAACAUAUUACGGGACAGAUAUUGAGAACCCAUGGGGCUCGAUGAGACACAUUUUCUGGCCUCGUUGUAAGUCCACUGGUACCAUUUCUCUUGAAGGAAACAAGCUUUUUGAGGACACAGUUAAACUUGACUCAGGAUUGGGCAUGUAUGUGAUGGCAUUGCAAGGAAUGAAGCCCCAUCACGCUGCUGCUACUUGGAACUUUUUGAACUACCAAUCUUCCGAGUACUCGGCCGUUGUGAUGGAGUUUACCACUCCUAAAUCGUACAACACCACAACCGUCAGUGUUGCCAUGGUUGCUGAUAAAGAGGGCAAGAUUAUUUUGGGAUCCACUAAUAAUAAGAUCAAGCAUAUCAAGACCUAUGAGGAUUCAGUCUCGGGAUGGAACGUUCCUGGCGAGAUUGAGUUUACCGUGGGGGGCGAGGACUUGAAGGCAGUUAUCUCCGGUCCUUUAAAACAACUCAGUGAGCGUGUGGACGUGAUGAAUGAGUUGCCUCAGUUUGUGAAGAACAUUGCUAGUGGAGUUGCUGGAACCAAGCCGUACAUUUUCCAAUUUAGUAAUGAGCUUGAGUUCAAAUUGAUCAAGAAUGGUACGGUUGAACGCACCGAACAUGGCUACGGAUAUACUGAGGCAACCUUCAUCAGUGCUAUCGUGAAGCCUGAUGAGAGUGCCUAA